GAAUAUCAUUAUGACGGAUGGAUGGGCAGGUAGGCGCUCGUACCGCCGGUUUUGCGAUCUUCUUGCUCUCUCUGUUGAAGUCAAGUUAUCUCUGAAUAACUGAGGGUAUGUCCGCUGCUGCUAGUUUUCCUCUUGCGGGCAGUUUGAAGAGACAUACUGUGCCUAGCCUCCCUCGUUGAGGCGUAGGAGUAACGUGCAACUUGACCUCUCUCUCUCUCUCUCUCUCUGUGUGUGUCUGUGGGAGUGCCGGUUUACUCUCAUCAUCUCUCUCAGCAGCAGAGCAGCGAAGAGAAAUGGCUAAGAAGAAGAAGCUUGUACCGUUGUCUUUUCCUCUUCUGGAUGUCGUCCUUUGUAUUCUUAUUCUCUUGUCUCCAGCCCCCGCAGUGGCGCAGAGCGAGUCCUUUGACCCCUCCAUGAUCUUGGCGAUGGCGGAGGUGCAGACGUAUAUGCACAACGUGACGAAGGGGAUCGACUCCUACCUGGGAGAAAAUCAUCAAGACUGCAUCAAAGAUCCCCAGGAGGAGAGGAAGCUGACCUUCAACUUCGACACGCUGAACGAAACCUUGCUGAAUUGUACUCAUAUCGAGCUCAAGAAGGCUUUGGGCGCGGCGCCUGGUGCCAUGGUGAAUCUGACGUGGGGUAUCUGUCAGAAAACCGAAUUGGCCAGGUACUUCGAAGUGUUAGGUACCAAAUCGCUAACUCCGAUCGAAGACGGGGUGAACUGCAACGCGUCGUACGCCGAGGGCAUGUGUCGGGCAGGGUUUUUCAGUUGGGUGGUGACGCCGCAACGCAACAGCAGCAGUGAUCAGAUCCCCCUUAGGGAAGCCGGGGUAGGUGAUUACGGGGGUGCUCUUCGCUGCUGCCCGGGCUUCUUCUGUCCCGCCGGCUAUGGCUGCAUGAUCCCGUGCCCGAUCGGCUCUUACUGCCCCCAUGGAACGUACGACAACGAGACCAGGCGCUGCAAUCCCUACCGGUACAUCCCGAAGGAGGAAGACAUGUGUGGGGGCGCCGACGAAUGGGGCGUAGCGGGAGCCAACGAUCAGAUCUUCUGCAAGGAGGGGUCUUACUGCCCGCGGUCGACUUUGUCGUCCAAGUGCCCAGAAGGGUAUUUCUGUCGGAAAGGGAGUAGUUCCCCCAGGACUUGUCAUCUCACGGAGUGUCCCGAGGGGACCACAAACCAAGACCUCCACGUCAUCGGGAUAGCAUUCAUCAUCAUUCUCGGCGCGGUUCUGAUGACCGUGUACACGUGCUCCAACCGCGCGUUGAAAUCGCGCGAGAAGCGCAAGGCGGCGGCGCGACAGAAGGCCAAAGAGCAAACCAAGGAGCGCAUCUUUGCUAUGGAGCGAUGGAAGAAGGUGAAGACAGCGGUUCUGAAGGGAUCGUCCAAUUUCUCCCGCCAGUUCUCGCGCAAGACUUCGUCUUCCAGACCGCUUCGGGAACAAGAUGAAGCGAUCACGAUGGCGAUGGGAUACGAAUCGUCGUCGUCAACGACGAGAGCAGCAGCGGAUCCAGGGACAACAUCAACAAGGAGGUACGGUCCAGCAGCAGCAUCGUCGGUAGUGGUGGGCGGGGGUCCUCCUCGCGCUGGGCGGCAUCCUGGGGCGACGGAGACGAUUGGAGAGAAUCCAGGUCCUCUGUAUCAGCCUGGCACUGGGAGGAAUGCUGCCGCCGCCGUUGGCAGCAGAGGAGGAGGAGGAGGAGGAGGAGGAGGAGGAGGAGGGAAUGGGGGUGCGCAGGAGUGUUAUCUAUCUCCACGAGGCAAGCCAGGAGCGCCAGCAGCUGGUGGUGGUGCAACAACCGCGACCGGGGAGGGUACGUUUAGCGACCUGUAUCCCGACCCGGAGGAUCUGUAUGAGCCCUUGGCGCCUCCUGCUGGGCCCGUGUCGACGAAUGGGCCGUCAGAUAUGACGAUCGUGGAAGUGCGGAAGCAGAUGCCUGGCGAUCCCGACUCACGGACCAAGGCUUAUGAGUACGCGUAUGUGCACUUGCUGAAGCAGGAGAUGGCGGGCAAAGGCUCGAUGCAGGAUGUGAUUGUCAGCGCUCAUGAGCUGUUAUCAGGUCGAGUGAAGCAGCAGAUAGAGCUGAAGUUUGAGAACCUUGGGCUCACUCUGAAGAACUCGACGAGGAAGAAGAUCCUGCAGAAUGUGACCGGAACCCUUCACCCUGGCCGCGUCACGGCCGUGAUGGGCCCCUCGGGGGCGGGCAAGACGACCUUUUUGGUGGCAGUCGCUGGGAAGGAGACGUACAGCGAUAUCACGGGCCGCGUGUACGUCAAUGGGAAGGAAGAGCCGAUCCAGUCGUACAAGAAGAUCAUCGGCUUCGUUCCGCAAGACGAUAUCGUGCAUGGCAAUCUGACGGUGGAAGAGAACCUCUGGUUCAGUGCCAAUUACAGGCUGCCCUGCGACAUGGCCAAGCGGGACAAGGUGUUGGUAGUGGAGCGCACGAUCCUUGCGCUCGGGUUGGAGACCAUCAGGGCCUCUAGAGUGGGGACUGUGGAGAGGAGAGGGAUCUCCGGAGGCCAGCGGAAACGGGUGAAUGUAGGUCUGGAGAUGGUUAUGGAACCGUCGUUGCUCAUCUUGGACGAGCCGACGUCAGGUCUGGACAGCACGUCAUCGAGACUGGUGGUCCAGGCGUUGCGCAGGGAGGCGGCGCGGGGAGUGAACGUGGGCGUGGUGCUUCAUCAACCCAGCUUCGGCAUUUUCUGUAUGUUUGACGACGUGAUGUUUCUGGCAAAGGGUGGGCGGACUGUGUACCUGGGUCCUGUGCACGAGGUGGAGCCUUACUUCAACAGCCUUGGCUUUCCCGUGCCCGACCGCAUCAACCCACCAGACCACUACAUGGAUGUGCUGGAGGGCCUCGUAAAGCCUGCUAACAAGCCGCGUUUCGACAAGGAAACUCUUCCCCUCCUCUGGCUCAAUCACAAAGGUCUGUCGCUUCCAUAUGACGAUGCCUCGUCGACGACAGGCGCGGGGUUGUCUGGGGGAGGAGGGUCUGAACCGGCCACUGGGUGGAGACAGGGGGUGGAGUACGUGCAGAAUGCAGUGGAAGAUGUGUGGGAAGAUGUCACCGAUGCUUUCAACGACUUCCGCGAUACUGUGACGGAGAUGGUCUCCAAUGUGGAGGACAAAUCGGGAAGACAGACUCCUGGCUUUUUCAGUCAGUACGUGCUGAUCCUUGGACGGGUCGCUAAGCAAAGGUUCCGCGAGCACCAGCUGCAGGUCCAGGACUACAUCAUUCUGCUGAUUACCGGGGCUGCACUCGGGUUCUUGUCCUCGCCCGAUGAUAACCGGAUGGGAGGCGGCGACGCCUAUCUCAACACCAUACUUGCUAUCUCUCUCUUGGCAAUGAUCGCCGCGUUGAGGACGUUCGGCGGGGAGAUGCUCACGUUUUGGAGGGAGAGCGCUUCGGGGAUCGAACGGCUGUCCUAUUUUCUGGCAAAGGACACGGCGGACCACUUCAACACGUUCAUCAAGCCGAUUGUGUACCUGUCAAUGUUCUACUUCUUUAACAAUCCGAGAUCGACAUUGUUGGACAACUACGUGGUGACGCUGGCGAUGAUCUACUGCACGACGGGAUGGGCUUACGUGUUCUCGGUGCUGCUGCCGCCCGCACCGGCGCAGCUGGGCUCGGCGGUCUUCACGCUGGUGUCCACCUUGCUGACCAAGCAGAGGGGAAAGAGGGGGUUUAUCAAUCUGCUCUACAAUCUCAGCUUUGCACGCUGGAGCCUGGAGGCCUACAUGGUGGCCAAUGCGAGGAGGUACUCUGGAGUUUGGCUUCUGACACGCUGCGCCACCCUCGAGGCCAUGAAGUUUAGCAUCAACAGCUUUGCGAAAUGUGUUGCCAUGCUUUUCGUUUAUGGCGUCCUUGGUCGAGUCGUCGCAUUCACAAUGCUCGUCAUGUGCAAACGCGACAAGCAGAAGUGAGCCGCGCUUGUGUACAGACAUGGAACAGCCGAGAAAGCAAACAAGG